AUGAACCACUCUGAGAAACUCAGAUUGGCUUCUGCUUGCAAAAUGCUGAUAUCUCAUGAUAUCCGCGGUGGAGCCAAGUCCUCCCAAACACCUAUUGCAGUCCCCAGCUCUCCUCUUGUUCACCUGGACAGAGAUGUCAUGGUAACUUUCAAGAUUGCCCGCGAAAUCUGUAAUUUUGAAGAUCACACUGCUUAG